GGAUCUAGAAUAUAUAAGGAGGAAUAUAUAAGGAACGGUCUCUCUAUAUAUUUAGUUCUCUCUCUAUCUAGUCUUUACUUUAAGAAUUAUACUAUAUUCUUAUUAUCUUUAAGCUAUACUCUACUAAUCCGUUUAUUAUAUAAUAGUAGUCUAUUACGGCUAGAUCCUAUUAUAUAACUCUAUUUAGAUAUAUAUUCCUUAUAUAAGGAAUAUUAUAUAUCUAUUUAUACCUGCCCUUUUCAUAG